AUGAAGCGCCGGGACGACCCUGCCGCGCGCAUGACCCGGUCCUCAGGCCGCAGCGGCUCCAUGGACCCCUCAGGUGCCCACCCCUCGUUCAAUUUUGUGGGGAAGAUUCUUGGACCACAAGGGAAUACAAUCAAAAGACUGCAAGAGGAGACUGGCGCAAAGAUCUCUGUGUUGGGAAAGGGUUCAAUGAGAGACAAAACCAAGGAAGAAGAACUUCGCAAAGGUGGAGACCCCAAAUACGCACAUUUGAAUAUGGAUCUACAUGUCUUCAUUGAAGUCUUUGGACCCCCAUGUGAGGCUUAUGCUCUUAUGGCCCAUGCCAUGGAAGAAGUCAAGAAGUUUCUUGUACCAGAUAUGAUGGAUGAUAUCUGCCAGGAACAAUUUCUAGAGCUAUCAUACUUAAAUGGAGUACCUGAGCCCUCUCGCGGACGUGGGGUGCCAGUCAGAGGCCGGGGAGCUGUACCUCCCCCUCCACCUGUUCCCAGGGGCCGUGGUGUUGGACCACCUCGGGGGGCUUUGGUGCGUGGAACCCCAGUGAGAGGCGCCAUCACCAGAGGUGCCACUGUGACUAGAGGAGUGCCACCCCCACCUAUGGUGAGGGGGGCUCCAGCACCGAGAGCACAGACUGCGGGCAUCCAGAGGAUACCUUUGCCUCCACCCCCUGCGCCAGAAACAUAUGAAGAAUAUGGAUAUGAUGAUACAUACGCAGAACAGAAUUAUGAAGGCUAGAAUGCUAUUUACAGCCAGAGCCAAGGGGAUUCAGAAUAUUAUGACUAUGGACGUGGGGAGGUUCAGGAUUCUUAUGAAGCCUACAGCCAAGAUGACUGGAAUGGAACCAGGCCAUCUCUGAAGGCCCCUCCAGCUAGGCCAGUACAGGGAGCAUACAGAGAACAUCCUUAUGGACGUUAUUAAAAACAAACAGGAGGGGAAAAUAUCAAUUAUGAGCAAAGUUGUUACUGAUUUCUUGUAUCUCCCAGGAUUCCUGUUGCUUUACCCACAACAGACAAGUAAUUGUCUAAGUGUUUUUCUUCGUGGUCCCCUUCUUCCCACCUUCCUCCAUUCUUAACUCUGCAUUCUGGCUUCUGUAUGUAGUAUUUUAAAAUGAGUUAAAAUAGAUUUAGAAAUAUCGAAUUAAUUUUUUAAGUGUGUAGAUGCUUUUUUUUC